UUUCAAACAUAAAAAAAAAAAAUGCAAGCUUUAUUCACCAAACAUGUAUUUCUUUCUACUACUUCAAUAAAGACGAUAGCCACUCGAUCUUUGAUGACGGUAAGGUCAAUCUUUACUCUUUUUUUUAAAAAAAAAAGAAUCAUUUUGUAUUCUAAUAUAUUACUUCCAGUCCAAGAUGUGUUCUAGUCGUUGGAUUGAUCAUGUAAAAAAUACCAAAGAACAAUACGGUGUUCAAGAAAUCACAGCGGAUGAGCUUCAGGCAGCUCUUCAAGAAAAAGACACUGCCCCUGUGUUGAUUGAUGUACGAGAAACAGACGAAUGGAAGACUGGAAAGCUCCCUACAGCAGUUGGAUUACCUCGUGGAAUACUGGAAUUGAAGGUGGAAAACGUGGUAUCACCAGACUCUCAACGUCCCAUUGUCCUCUAUUGUGCAGGUGGUUUAAGAAGUAUUAUGACAGCAGCAAGUUUGAUUGGUAUGGGUUACAACAAGGAAAACAUCAAGAGUUUGACGGGUGGGUUUGGUUCUUGGGCAAAGAAAGGUUACACUGUUGUCAAGGAUUAGCUCUUUUUAAAUGAUUUAUUUAAAAUAAAAUAAAAUAGUUUUGUCUUUUGAUGAUGAUGAUGAUUUUAUUUUUAUUUUUUUUUUUUUCAAUAAAGAAUGAAUAGAGAAAUAAAAUAA